UCGAUCUAAUGAGUCUGAGAAAUCAGGAGAAUAACAGGCGUCGCUCUCUCCUCCCUCGCUUUCGAUGAUUCUGUUUCCUCCGUUGUUUUCUUAGAAUUGGAGAGAGAGAGAGAUGGAGCUGCAAAUCAAGGUGGCGCAGGCGGUUCAUGUUCUAAAUCAUGACACCCAGUCGUGCAACCGCGUUGCUGCAAAUCAAUGGCUGGUUCAGUUUCAGCAGACCGAUGCCGCUUGGGAGGUGGCCACCUCCAUCCUCACCUCCGACCAUCAUCAGCCAUUCGUCUCCGAUUUCGAAGUAGAGUUCUUUGCCGCUCAGAUUCUCAAGCGGAAGGGAAACAAGCUUGCUGAGGGUGAGGUGAACUCUCUGCAUAAACGUUUGGCUUUAAGUGUCAAAGGUCUCAAAUCUCUCCCAAACAUACUGAUAGGGCUGAGAGGCUAUACAACUUAA